AUGUGUCGAAGAGCGGUCUUGUGUCUUGCGCUGGCUGGGGCGUGUCUCGCCAGGGAGCUCAUAUUUCCCGAUUCGCUGCAAAUCAGGCCGGACGACCAAGUUGUGCUUGCGAGCGAGGGCUUCGAAGGCGAUCAGAAAUUCGCUGGUCUAACGACGUUUGCCAACCUGCCAUGGCAACACUGUCUGUCAACGAGCGACGAGCAAUAUGACAUCGCUUUUCUUGGGGCGCCCUUCGAUACCGCUACAACUGGACGACCUGGAGCUCGCUUCGGUCCUACAGGCAUUCGCCUUGGCUCCAGACGACUUCAUGCCAGCGCUGGAUGGAGCGCGUACACGCACGAGAAUGCGUUUCAAAGCUGGGCGAAGGUCAUAGAUUGUGGUGACGCGCCGUUGACAUUCCUCGACAACACAGCAGCUCUAAAGCAGCUCGUCUCAGCACACAAGCAAGUCUCUGGGAAGCAUACCAAUGCUUCCGACAUCGACAGUCCAUCACUGGGGCCCGUCAAUGUGAUUCAUUUCGACAGCCACAUAGACACUUGGGAUCCCAAAGUCCUCGGUGGAGGUAUCUCGCACUAUGCUGGUGUCAACCAUGGCACCUUCCUUCACAUCGCCGUGGAAGAGGGACUGGUCCUGAACAACUCCAUCCAUGCUGGCAUAAGGGCUCCCGCAGUGAACAAGAAAUACGAUUGGAAGCAUGACAAAGCAUGCGGCUUCGAGAUUGUGACUGCCCGAGAUAUUGACCGCAUGGGCAUCAGUGGAAUCAUACAGAAAUUGAAGAGUCGGGUGGGUGACAGCAAUGUGUAUAUAACCGUCGACAUAGACGUACUGGACCCAGCGUAUGCGCCGGCAACAGGCACCGCUGAGGUCGGAGGAUGGACUACGAGAGAGCUGCUAUCGAUACUUGACGGACUCGAGGGGCUCAAAGUCAUUGGGGCGGAUAUCGUCGAAGUUGCGCCGGUGUAUGACAACGCUGGCGAGACGACCGUCCUUGCAGCGGCCGAGGUGGCUCACAGCUUGAUGACUUUGAUGGUGCAGACGCCGGUGAAGGCUUCGCGAGAUGCUGAUUGA